UACAAUUUGGUUUAUUUUCUAAGUCAUGGAACAAAAAUCAUCCAUUGUUGACAAAUGGAAAUCUUUCUCACUUGGAGCCUUACUCGGCUUCCUCGUCUUCAUCAUCUACCUUGACAAAGUCCAUCAAGACGUAAGUUUCUUAGCGGCGAAACAAGCCAUGGUAGAUUUAGUUCCUUUUAAAUUACUAAAUCCAUCUACUAGUGUUAUCAAGCCUAAUAAGUCAUCAGAUGUUAUUCUCAAUGACAUUGAUAAAUCGACGAAAAAAGUUGGGAAGAAAUGCAACAUGUUUGAUGGGAGAUGGGUUUAUAAUCCAGAGGAGAGUCGUUCUAGCUAUGAUUCAAUCAAGUGUCCAUUCGUCGAGGAGAAGAUGAGCUGCCAAGAGAAUGGAAGGCCUGAGUCGGAGUAUGAGAAAUGGAUAUGGGAAGCUCGAGAUUGUGAUAUACCAGCAUUUAAUGGAACAGACAUGCUAGAAAGGCUGAGAAACAAGAGGAUGAUCCUAGCCGGUGAUUCGCUAAACCGUAACAUGUGGGAGUCUCUUACUUGUCUUCUCUUCACUUCCAUUCCUUCCAAUGCAUCUCAGGUCAAAGAAAUAAAAGGCUACCAGAAAUUAUGGAAAGCUAAGGAUUAUAACUUCACUUUAGAAUUUUAUUGGAGCCCAUUUCUUGUUGAAUUGAACAAUAAACAUGAAAGUGGCAAAAGAGUUCUAGUGCUGGAUAAGCUUUCUGCUGAGUCGGAAAAAUGGAGAGGGGCAGAUAUUAUGGUAUUUAACUCCGGUCACUGGUGGGAUUUACGUGGAAAAAUGAGAGCGUGGGAGAUGUUCGAAUUUGAGGGUAAACUAAUAGAGGGUAUGCCUAUAGAUGUUGCAUACGAACAUGGCUUGAAAACAUGGGCGACGUGGAUAGAGAAAAAUGUCGAUCCUGAAAAAACAAAAGUAUUGUUUAGGAGCAAUUCUCCUUGGCACCAGUAUGAUCAAUGGUGCUACAAUAAAACUCAACCUAUGAUGGAUGAACCAUAUAAACAACUCUUUACAAAAUCGUUGGUUAAUGUCGUUGAGAGGCAAAUAAAAGGGAUGAGAAAGCCACAAGUGAACUACUUGAAUAUUACCAAGCUUUCAGAAUACAGAAUUGAUGCACAUCCGUCAAUGUACAGGUACAAGGACUGGAAUACACUUGCCCAAAAAUAUGGAAAUAAUCUUAAUAACUAUGUUGAUUGUAGUCAUUGGUGUCUUCCCGGUGUUCCGGAUACUUGGAAUAGGCUGUUGUAUGCUUCUCUUUUCUUUGAUAUUUUAGCAAAUUCACCUAGUUAAGGAGUUCUUCAUAAGGGAUUAUUACAUCCCUAUUUUAUGUCACAUACCAAUAUUGUAUGUAGUAUUUGUAAACAACGCCUAAUCUAUCACUAUAUGGACUAUGGAGGACUUGUGUAGUUUUGUGACUAGAGGAUGCAACAAAAUUAAAAUUCAUCCUUUUAGGAGUUCAAUUUAACUUUUUUUUUUUUGAUAUGUAACAUUUUUUUAGGCCAAUAAACGAUAGAAGUGCAAUGGUUAAAGAGGUUUGCUUCAUUGAUAAAUCUAUACCAUGCUGAGACAUCUAAGUGAAUAGCGCGAGCAACAUAGAACGCCAAUAAAUGCCCCUUUC